CCAAUCUCUUUGGUGCUCGGUGGGGUUAUGUUCUUGAUGCUAGCUGUGACCGGAAUGUUGAUUUGCCGGCGAAGAUCCGACGCCGCUGACCUUCCAGCAUGCAAGCUGACUUCGUUUCAUCAGCUGGACUUCACACAACGUCAUAUAAUACGUGGACUCACAGAGGCAAGCCUCAUCGGCAGCGGAGGAUCAGGUCAGGUGUACAGGGUCAACCUCGAGAACCGCGCCGGCGACGCUGUGGUGGCCGUGAAGAAGAUUCGGAAUAGUGGACAGCUGGAUUGGAAGAUGGAGAAGGCCUUCGAGGCGGAGGUCAAGAUACUGAGCUCGAUACGGCAUUGCAGCAUCGUGAAGCUCCUGUGUUGCAUCUCGAGCGCAGACUCUAAGCUCCUGGUCUACGAGUACAUGGAGAAGGGGAGUCUGGACCAGUGGCUUUACGGGAGGCGAAGGACAAGGACGGGUUCAGGGCAUUUCCAGCCACCGCUGGAUUGGCGGAAGAGGCUCGGGAUCGCGAUCGACGCCGCCAAGGGAUUGUGCUACAUGCACCACCACUGUACUCCGCCGGUCAUCCAUCGCGACGUGAAGUCCAGCAACAUACUCCUGGACUCGAACUUCGGAGCAAAGAUCGCCGACUUCGGCUUGGCACGGAUGCUGAUGAAGGCCAGCGAGCCGGAGUCUGCGUCGGCCAUAGCAGGAACCUUUGGCUACAUGGCUCCAGAGUGUGGACACUCGAAGAAGAUCAACGAGAAGGUGGACGUGUAUAGCUUCGGGGUAGUGCUUCUGGAGUUGACCACAGGAAGGAAAGCCCAAGAUGGUGGUGAGCACGAAGGCUUAGCAGGGUGGGCUGCUCGCUGCCUGAGAGAGAAGGGUGGCUUCAUGGAGAUGAUAGAUGAGGAGCUAAGUGACGAGGUCAACUAUACGGAUGACAUCGGGACGGUGGUAAGACUGGGAAUAGAGUGCACGAGGAGGAAUGCUGUGGUGAGGCCAUCCAUGAAGGAGGUGCUGCGAAAGCUGACGGAGAUAGUUGGACUGGGCCGUUAAUAACGUGUGCGCCAUGCAGACUCACACACAAAAGGAUCCGAUCACCAAACUAUACAUAGACUCACUCCAAUCAAAUAGGUUGGAAUUGGUGAGAUACACAACCCACGGAGCUAAGACACAACACAGUUCGCCAUAGUC